AGCCUGGUGUGUAUGGUCUUCUCUUGCGCGCGCGCGCGUGUAUGUGUGUGUGUGUGUGUGUUCGGAUAUUACGUCCUGCAGUGAAAGGCAUCUUUUCAGCACCUUGACCCUGCGCCGAUCAUCACCGGCAAACCUGCGCGCGCAUUUCGCGCGUGCUCAUCCCGUUAGCGCGAGACGCACCGGCCUAAGUGGACAGCGCGCGACAAAUAAGGUCUGCAGAUUAGUGAGUGAUAAGGCUGAAGUCUGAUGAUGAUGAUGAAAAGGAGGAUGAUGACGGUAGUGCAGUCCAUCCCGAGGCACUGGUAGUUUUGUGUAAGGUGAUAAAGACGCCUGGAAUCAGACCAGAGGACCACCAGAGAGUCAAGGAUGUCUGCGUGCGCACCUAAUUCAGCCCCGCCCCCUAAAAAGAGCCGGGGGAAACAGGAGACGGAGUCGCUACAGGCAGCCAAUGAGGAGCUCAAGGCCAAACUAAGUGACAUCCAAAAUGAGCUGCAGCAGGAGAAGGCGAAGGUGUGUAAACUACGCGAGCGGAUGCAGGAGCUGCGGGCGCAACGGGAGGCAGAGCAGCACAGGCAUGCAGUAGCGCAGACCGAGCUGCGGGUGAAGCUACGGGAGGAGAAGCAGCGUGAUGUGGCAGCUGUGCGUGACUCUCUAAGCCGGCAGCAUGAGGCCGAGAUGGCCCGUGCUACCCGUUUGCACCAGUCUGAGCUCGGGCGAUUGCAGGGCCUGGUGAACGUGCUGCGCAAUGGCAACGGUGCUGCCGAGUUAAGAGAGGAGGCACGAGAGGAGGCACGAAGGAGCCAUGAGGCCGAGAGACUUAAACUGACACAGGAGCUUCAAGAGGCCAAGGCAGCUCGCAAACAGGCGGAGGAAUCACUAAACAACGCUAUGCAGGCCGAUAAAGCCAAAGCAGCGGAUCUCAGAGUAGCACAUCAGGCCCAUCAGGAGGAGAUCCAGAGGAUCAAACGUGAGAGCGAGAAGGAAGUGCGAAGACUGAUGGAGGAGCUGCGGGGGAGGGACCGUGUUGUACAGACUUUGGAAAAGGAGCUCGGCGUGCAAGCGGGUCAAACUCAGCGCCUACUGCUGCAGAAAGUGGAAGCCGAGAGGCACCAGGGCAGCCCCAAGAGAGAGGUGGCUCCUGUCCUCGGAGAGAACGCAGACACCAUCAUUACCCAGGAAGUAGAUGAGAGGGACACUCGCAGAUUCCAGCUUAAGAUCGCUGAACUGCAGGCUGUCAUUAGGAAGCUGGAGGACAGAAACACACUGCUGUCAGAUGAGAGGACUGAACUGUUGAAGCGUGUGCGUGAGACAGACGGACAAAUGAAACCACUGUUAGAGAAGAACAAACGGAUGAGCAAAAAGAACGAAGAGCUCCUACAGACGCUGCAGCGCAUGGAGGACAAACUAAAAUCCCUCAGCCGUGAGAACGCUGAAUUAAAGGAGAAGACAACCUUGGAGUCCCAGCAAGCAGUGCUGAAGAGGACCAGUUCGCUGACAGACUUAAGCCACGCCCACGAAGAGCAGGAGGUGGAGUUUCUGCGGCUACAAAUCACCGAACAGCGCAAUGUCAUUGAAGAGCUCACGCAGGAGAGGGACAGACUGAUAUUCAACAAAAAGAACAAAAGGAAAAAUAUCAAAUUGCCAAAAAGGCAUGUUGUGGAGACAUAUUUUGGAUUUGAUGAGGAGUCCAUAGAUUCAGAAACGUCAUCCCUGACAUCGUACAACACAGACCACACCCCGGCCACCCCAGAGGAAGAGCUCGAAGAGGCCUUCUCCAGAGAGGAGGCGGAGCUUCGUUUUCGGCAGCUGACUCGAGAAUAUCAGGCACUACAGCGAGCCUAUGCUCUCCUCCAGGAGACCACUGGCCCUCUCGACCCCGAGAGACACUGCAGGACGCGGGAGCAGCUGCAGGCGGAGCUGAACGCCUGCCAGGCGAGGAACGCUGACUUGGAGAGGAGCCUGGCAGAGAAGGGGCAGGACUCAAAAUGGGUGGAGGAGAAGCAGAACCUCAUCAGGAUCAAUCAUGAACUAAGGGAAAAGAUAGAGUUACUGGAGCAGUCCGAGCUGCGCUUGCGCGCCGAAGUGAGAGACACACAAGACCAAAAUGAGCUGCUGGAGUUCCGCAUACUCGAACUGGAAGAAAGGGAGCGGCGCUCUCCUGCCUAUAACUUGCACAUCUCUGCCACGGAAAACAGCAGUAAUCUGCAACUCCACUGCCAGCGGGAGGGUAUCAAGGUGCACACACCUACAUUCAGCUUUAUACACAUGCAGGAUGUCAUUAUUCCUGAGCUUAUGAAAAAACUGGACAUCUUGGGUGACAAUGGGAACUUGCGCAAUGAGGAGCAGGUCACCGUGAUCCAGGCGAGCAACGUGCUGUCUCGCUGUGAGAAGUGGCUGAAACAGAUAGAUAGCACCGAGGCAGCACUUACACAGAAGAUGAUUGAUCUUGAAAAUGAAAAGGAGCUGUUUAGUAAGCAGAAGGGCUUCCUGGAGGAGGAGCUGGAUUAUAGAAAGCAGGCUUUAGACCAUGCCAAUCUGAGAGUGCAGGAGCUGGAGGCCACACUGUACUCAGUGCUGCAGCAGGAUCCAAAUGGUCGGCUGGGUGAGAGUUUGAGCGAGAGGCAAAGGGCAGAGCUGGCAGAGUCGAUGGAGGCGGUGCGGAGGCAGAUCCUCAGACAGAGCCGCCAUGCUGACACACUGAUCCUGCAGCAACGCAUGGAGCUUCUUCAGUCUGCACAACAGAGGAUCAGAGAGUUGGAGGACAAGAUCGAUAUGCAGAGACGACAAAUCAAAGAAAUCGAAGAGAAGUUUUUAUUUCUGUUCCUGUUUUUCUCUCUAGCUUUUAUUCUCUGGCCUUAAACACACACACACACACACACACACACACACACACACACACACACACACACACACACACACACACACACAGGUGCAGUAUCUGAAUGGAGUCCUUUUUCCCUGUUGAACUGUGUUCAAACAUUCCUCAGUUAUUUUAUGAUCUUUUUAAUAUUUUUAUGCAUUUCCAAUGAGUCAACUAUAAAAACAACAACACACAUCCAGGUAAAGCUGCUCCACUUAAGUAAAUCAAAAUGAUAUAAAGUAAUAUAAUUUUAACCUAAAUCUUUGUUAUAAUAAGUAUUUAAACAUACAUCAACACUUGUC